AUGUGGGGCGCUGUGAAGGCGGGCUACACCUUGGCCGAACUGCUGCUGUUGUCCCGCUCGGCCAGUUUGCCACAACGGGCUGCAGCCUUCCACGUGCUGGGAGCGGUGCUGAAGCGGGCGCGCAUCCCGGCGCCACAGGACGUCCUGUAUGCGGAUGCCGCAAUCCGACAGACAGGCUUUCACAGAGAGGGGUCCUCCACACCCUGGCGUUGCGGCUUCGGUUUGGGUUUGCAGGUCUUCUUCUGGCACUUCGUUGCCCGGAGUGAUUUGCCAAAGCACCUGGCCGAAGCUUUACAGGAUCCGGCCCAGCCGGUGCAACUGGCCGCCUUGCGCGCCACGACGGAACUUCUGGACGGCUUGGCCGAAGGGGAGGCCUGCGGCGACGUGCUGCGAGGUGAGAUGUCCGACUCUGGGCCGUGCUGCUCCAGGGUGGAGGCGUUCCUGGCACGGCCCUGGGAUGCGGCCCGCAGCCUGGUUUGGCCCUCGGCGCCUCUGGGGUGCGCGGAGGCCUUGGCGCGGAAGAGCGUGGCAGUGCUCUCCGCGGAGGGUUUUGGAGGACAAGGCGGUGGACAGAGCGCUUGGCCACCCUUGCUGAAGCGGCAGCUCUUAGGGGCCAAAGAGGAGCCCGAAGUCACAGCGGUGCAGGUCCUCGAGCCACUCUUGCCAUGUGAUGGCGUCCCAGCAUUGGGGAGGCUUUUGCCUCCUGUCUCUGAUGAGAAGCAGCUGGCACUUUUGGCCCGUGCUCUGGCCUCUGCGUCUGUGGUGCGGCCAGAGCUGUGCGCCAGGCUUUUGCGUGAGGAGCAGCGUUCCAUGUGGAUCGCAGCUGCAGAGUCGGAGUCGGAGAUCCAGCCGGAGGUGAUUCGCUUUGUUCGCAUGAGUUGCGAAGUGGUGGGUCGCCGUGCUGUGGCAUGGUGGCUGCGAGAGGAGCCCGAAAAGCUUUUGGCGGUGCUGCGACGAAGUGUGCUAAGCCCCCUGAAAUCAGGCUCCAGUGCAGCAGAUGCCCUCUCUGCAGUGGAGGCGUUAAGGUGUUGGUUGAGCUUCCUGCGCUGUGGCGCAGGAUGCGACCGACUCGACAGCUUUGCGGCUGAGAUUGGGGCUUACUGGCACAGGUUCGCAGUGUUAGAGCUGAAAGGGGAAGUUGCUGAGAGCCACUUCCUUCUCGCGGCGCAUUUGCUGGAACUCACCUUUGAGGUUCUUCGGUCCCGCGAUGAGGAGCCAGAGGACAUCAGAGCCUUUUCGGGUGGGCCAAAGGAGGGUGUGAGCUUGGGCAUGGGCGAAUACAUGCGAACACGCACAGGCCCCGUGCAGAGCCCCCGCACUCGGGCGCGGCUCCAGGCCAAGGCAGCUGCGCUGGCAGCAGACUUGGACAGCCAGCUGAGCGUAGCCUUGAAGGCACGGCAGCGGCUUGCCCCCAGCUGGCGCCCUGAGGAAGCGCCUGCGCCGAAUCCACGUGCAGUGCCCCUGAAGGCUGCCCUGCCAGCUGCUGCUGUGGCUCCAGCUCCAAAGGACACUGUGGACAACGGCACCCGCACCUCGAGCUCAAGCUCGGCGCGGCUGCAGGCUUUGGAAAGGCAGCUGGAGGAGCUAAUUGAAAAGCUUCAUUCUGAACAAAAGGCACGAAAGGCCUUUGAGGAAGAGCUGCCGGCACGCAUCGAGUCAGCCCUGCGGAAGGCGCAAGAAAGACAUCCGCUCGCGAUCCAAAGCGGCCAGGCGAUCGAAGCAAAGGCCGACCUCACCUCUGACCAGAGGGAGGAACUCCACUGCCCAAAGGUCAUCGAAAUGGUCAAUGCUUGCGAGGAGAAGAUGCAAGAGCUUCGGCAGGAGAUGAGUGAUCAUGCCGACUUUUGCAAGAAUCAGUUCAUCUCAGUCAGACGGGAGAUUGAGACGAUGUGCAAGACCAUGGAUGCGCAAGCGGACACCUGGCGCAGCCAGGCCCAGAAGGACAUCGAGAACACCUGCCAGGAGAAUGUCCGUACCCUGAGUGGCAGCUAUGCGGAGGAGUUCCACUUCGAGCUCUCCAAAGUGGUGGCACGUUUGAACGCGGUCGAGGACCAGCUAAAAGCUGGAACAGACAUCAAACCCGAGAAGACCUUGGGUGAGCCAGCUGAGAGCAAUGAGCCCGAGAAUAACUUGGGAGAGAACAACUUGGGUGAGGUGGCACUUGUAGCCGAAAGCCCGAAGAAGGAGGCUGAGGUCAGCAAAAAGAGCAUCUUUGAGAAGAGCUGGUGUGAGGAAGCUGCGGUCGUUGGCCUGGUGCAUUUCAGCGAGAGUGCCUGGACCUACCCCGUGGUGAUUGGCUUGGUGGAUGUGGGCCUUUGGGAUGUGAUCUUCUCGAUCCUGCUGAUGCUGCUGAACCUGGGCAUGCAAGCAGGCUUUUCCUACAUCAUCCUGGGUGAAGGCUUCAUGGGUUCGGAGUUUGCCUUGCAGUUGGACUUCGCGAGGCGUUGGCGCAGCAGCUUUGCACAUGAUCACAAGUAUUUGGACUUGACGUCCAGAAGUUUGGUGUCUCGGGUUUGCUGGGGUGACGGCUCCUUGAUCCUGGCCACCUCUCAGGCGACUUUGGUCGACCAGAUUAACAGCUAUUUGACCUUGGACUACGAUCAAUUUGAGUUGGGCUAUUUCCAAGAUGGCAAGCUGCUUUGUAUGCUUUGCAUCCUUCUCUGGGCCCUCUGCGUUUACAAGGAGUUCAGGAACAUCUGGUUGACGUUGGAGUGCCUCUUCCAUCUUCCCAGGACAUGCCGCACGAAGCUUCGCAACAACAUCCUGCAGAGCCUCUCCAAAGGACGCUUCAAACUGCUGGUGGUCAACUGCAUUACCCGCUUCACAAUUGCAGCAGUGCUGCUCUAUGCUGGCGUCCAAUGGCUUGCACGCACCACGUCAAUUACGGAGCUGAUGCUGAACUGUGUGGCGCUCAAUGCGAUUCUCGACGUCGAUGAGUUCCUCUUCGAGGGCUUCACUCCGCUCUCCGUGCACUUGGCCAUCCAGCGGCUGGAGCCCAUGACAGUGAAACACACCCGCCGGAGAAGCCAGCUGGAGUCUCUGGCGCUCUUCCUCGUACUGGUUGCCACGAUCAUUGUCCCAUAUUGUGCCCUUCUGGAGCCGUUGGGGCAGACGAUGCUGGAGGUGAAGUCCAUCCUAUGUGAUGGAAACCAGCAAUUCGUGGUGGGCUUGAACAGCAACACCGGUUGCUGGCUUUGA